AUGAAUGAUAAUAAUAGUGAUGAAAGGAAAUGCUUGGGAAUAAAAAACAUAUUGAAAAGCAUAAAGGAAAGUGAAAAUACAAAAGAUAAAUUUAUUAACAUUUUAAAAUUGACAAAAAAUAUAAAUGGAUUAAAUGAAAAUGAUAAACUAACUGUUUUAAAAUCUAUAGAUCCAGAAUUUCUUUGUUUAUUACUACGGUCAAAAAAUGAAUUUAAAUUAUUUACUCUUCGUCUAAUUAAUAGUUUAGUAUCUACUUCAACAUACAUAUUUUUAAAGAAAUGCAUCCCUUAUGUUAAUUCUAUUAUUUAUUAUUAUUUAACUCAUAUAAAAAAUGUAAAUAACAAAUUAAGAGGGUUUGAAAAAGAAGUAGAUGAACAAGAUGAAGUAUAUGAUGUGUUUGAAGAUGCUGAUGAUACAAAGGAUAUAAAUCCUCUUUAUAAUGAAUCUUUAACUUUUUUUUUAAAAAUCGAACCGCUUUUAAAAAAUGAAAAUUUUAUUAAAACAACUUAUAUUAACUAUGAAGACAAUGAUAUUGAUGUUGAUGUGGAAAUGUAUUUUUUUAAAAAAAAACUAAAAAAAAAAUACCAUGAAGAAAAUGAUACACAAAAUUUGAAUGAUCAACAAAUAAAUUCAGGAUCAGAAAUAGAAGAACAAUCAGAUUCUUCAAAUUCUGAAGACAAUGAUCAAAAGAACAAUUCAAAGGAAAAUGAUUUUAGCUUUCAAAAUGAAAAAGUUUGUUUAGUUGAAUUGUUUUUUGAUGUUUUAAGGGAAAACAUUGCAAUACACGUUGAAAAGAAGGAAGAGGGAAUAAAGAGAGAGGUAACAGAAGAAGAAGUAAAGAACCCAGAAGUUGAACAUGGAAAAAGUGUAAUAAAAAAAAAUGUUGAAAACCUAGAUCUUGAAAACGUGCUAUUAACAAAAGAUAAUAUAAAUGUUUCCUUACUUUUUUUAAAUAACAUAAUUUUAAAAGUUAAUUACACAAAAUUUGUAAAAGAAUAUUUUAAUUUAUUAAAUAAAAUAAUUGAAAAUUAUAGAGUAGAAGAUACUAUAAAUACAGCAAUAAAUUGCUUAACAAAUUUAAAUAUAUAUAUAAAAAAUAAAAAUUUUCAAAAUGUGUUAAAUAAAAAUGAAAUAUAUAAAUUUUAUGCAAAUGUUAUCUAUUUAUUUUCAAAAAUAAAAAAUAUAAAAGAAAAAAAAAAUUUAUAUAAAUUAUAUUCAACAAUAUAUCCAUGCUUAAAUUAUGUAUAUGAAAACAAAAAUUCUUCUGAUAUUUUUAAAACACCAUUGUCUUAUAUGAAUGUAGAAUUAUAUAUAUUUUUUGAAGACGUUAUAAAAUAUUUAAAUAAUGAAAAAAAACAAAAUUAUAUAUUUCUUAACAACCAAUUUGAUGGUAUGAUACAACUAAUAUGUAACAACAUUUAUAAUGUCGUCAAUUUUUUAAAUCAAUGUUAUUCUGUCAGUGAUAAAUACAGUUUAAGAGAAAGUAUGGACAAAUGUUCUACCGAGGAAGGGCGUGAUAAAAAAGGCUGUGAAAAAAAGGCGGAAGGGGGAAUAGAAAAUGUAGAACUAUGCAAAAUGGAAGCAAACGAUAUUUACAUUAUUAUGACAAAAAUAAAGAGAUCCAUUGAAUUGUUAGUAGAAUUUUUUAAAGACAUCAAAAAUGUAUUUAAGGGAUAUGAUGAAAAUUGUGAAAAUUUUAUUGACUUUAAAAAAAAGUUUAGUAAAGAGAUAAAUCCGUUAAUAUGUUUAUUUUGUAAUUAUUUAAUUCAUGAGAAUGUACAUUAUAUAGAUGAUUUUUUAAAUUUACUGGAAUUAUUUACUAUAUGUUUAGAAGAUCAAAAUUUCUUUUAUUUAAUUAUGGUUAUAAAACAUAUCGAUACAGACAAAUAUUUUAGCAAUAAGAAAUUUUUAACAACCACUUUUCUUUAUAUAUUUAAUAUUAAUAUGAAAAAUAUUAUACAUAUAAAUAUUUUAUUUAAUUUAUUUAAUAAAUGUACAUAUAAUAUAAUAGAUUUUAUACAAAUAAGUAAAGAAGAUUGUAACAUAAAUUGUAUUAACAAUAUAUAUGACAAAUUUAAGCAAAAUCCAAACAAGGAAUAUGAUCUAAUUCAAAUUUCACAUAUUCCAAUUGAUAAGUUAAAUAAUCUAUCUUUUGUUUAUUUAAUAUCACAAGAUGAAUAUAAUAAACAAAAUAUAAAAAAUAUUAUUAAUUUUUCAAACAAUUUUUUUAUUUAUUACUAUUUUAAUGUUCUACAUAAAAAUGAUGACCAAAUAUCACCCGAUAAUUUCGACAUAUACAAGAACAAUUAUUUUAAUAUAAAUAAUAAUUAUAUACAAAAAGAUGAAAAAACAUUUUUCCUUUCUAUAAAAAUAUUAUUAACUAUUUCAUCUAUACUUUUUAUUCGAUUUAAUUCAUUGGUAGUAUCUACAAUCUUGGCUAAACAUGAAGUCUUCUUUAUACAGGACUGCUUAAUAAUGUCCCUCUUUAAUUUGAAAGCUUCAAAAGGUGAUACAAAAAAUAUACAAGAAAUUCGAAUAAAUAAAAAGAGAGAAAAAUAUUUUUUAAAAACAUUGAAGGUAGUUUAUUUCCUUUUAUAUUAUAAUCCUUAUUUUGUUUCCUUAUUUAUUUUCCGUUUAAAACAAGCAAAACAGAUUAAUGAUAAUAUAUCAUUUGAAAUUACAAAUACAAAAAUGACAAAAGAAUACCAUAUUUCUAUAUGUGCAGUUUUAAACAGAUUAAUAGAAAAUUAUGUGUAA